AUUCAUUCUCUCACCCCUAACCUUUCUGUUGGAGACUUCCCCCCAGUGUGACCAAUGUGAAUGAGAAGAAAACUAAAUACUUUAUGUAUGUUAUUUACCUGAUUUAUGUGCACUUGUUUCACUCCAGCUCAGUGUGAGUGUCUGUCACGUUUUGUUGCCAUUUAGAAUUUUUUUUUUCUCAGACUUCAGAAAACUCCUCCAGAGCCACAGAAAACACAUUAAUUAAUAUAUCAAUCAUUCAAUGAGUUGAUCAGACACAGGCUCAGGGACACAAGGAACAUGAUAAAAUAAAAUACCUGGUGAGACCCUGAUCUUCGCCUGCAAAAUAUCCCAGAGAAAGACACAAAAUGAUGCAAAAACAAAGACCUGGAAGAGAAGAACAAGCAGGUGUUUUAUUACUGUAUAUACAAUUCUUAUGUAGAAAUUUUUUUAUUUUUUUUUUGCACACACACACACACACACACAGUGGAGGCAGCUUGCAGGCUAUGAGUAGAUAUUUCCUGAAUAAAAGCGAAUUAGGUUGUAAUCACUCAUCAUACCUGUAAGAUUGUGGGCUUUGAGGAGAGUAACCGCCCUCUGACAGCCAACCACUGACUUUAUAUAAAAGUGAGACUGAAUAAGGAGACAUUACACGACAAUAAUGAUGAGCCAGGUAAAGUGAAGUAAACUUGAGUUGAUGACAACUACACUUGUUACUGCAAGUGCAAUAUAAAGUAAAAGACCAAUAAGCACUUUAUCAAACCACCUGUUCAAUAAGUUGUAGAAAAGUCUUGUUUUCAUCUCUAUUGUUAGUCUCUCUGUAUAUUUUUCCACAACCACAGCGAUGAUGCUGAUAAUAAAUUAUGAGGAAGCUGAAAUGAAAGCUGUGAAGUAUGAAGUAUGUUGUCUAACUGGUUAUUUUAGUUUGCCACAUUAUUUGUGUGAAUUCUAUUUAACUUUACUGGCUGAGACAAACCUGCCACCCACCCACACAUUUUUAUUUCCCUGUAUAUAAUCUGUGUUAAGUAACUGAGCAACAGUCCAUUCAAAGCAUUGUGAUAAAUAGUCAGUACAUCACAGCAGCUUGUCGUUGGUAUUUAUAUUUCUCUGAUCAUUUACUAACUAAUUGAUUUACAUCUGACUGAGCAGGGAGCUGUGGUUCAGAGGAGCAGAGAAUCAUUUUAGCUUAAACAUGUCUUCAUCUCUAUCAACUACGGUGGGAGGUGUGGUGGUGGUCACCCAUGUCCACCCAGCACCUCAGGGUGCUGUACCCAAACAUCCGGUGGGCAUCCAGAAGUUCAGCAGGGCCUCGCCGAUGGCGCUUGGGACAGUUCAGAUCAUGAUCGGCCUGAUGACUCUGCUGUUUGGGAUCGUUAUGGUGGUUCAACCAAAGACAGGGGGAGUUUACAGUGGUAUUUUUGCCUGGGGAGCUGUGAUUCACAUCACAGCUGGAUCUCUGACAGUGGCUGCUGGGAAAUCUCUGAACCGCUGCCUGGUGAACGGCGCUCUGGGUGUCAGCGUCUUAUCAGCAGUUGUUUCCUGUAUUGCAACCAUCCUCCAUUCUGUGGAUGCUACAGGACCGAUCAUAUGCGAUGACUAUCAAUUUGGUCGUGAUGACUGCUUCAGAUAUGAGACUCUGUCCCGAGGGAAUUCAGGGGUUUUGGCUGUGUUCAGUUUCUUGGAGCUCAUUGUUUCAAUCACCGUCGCAGGAUAUGGCUGCUGUGCUUCUUACAGUGCAGAGGAAUCAUCGGUGGUUGUUGUUACUGCAGAUGCUUCACUGACUGCACGUGCCCUGUCCAGUGCACCUCUCCUCACAGAUGGUGACCUAACAGAAGAACCAAACUGCCUCAGUCUCCAGCCUAUACUACAGUCAUCAGCUGAAGAGUCAGUCUAAACUGACCAUCCUGCGUCAAAAUGCUCUUCUAAUCUUAACUGAAAGAUAAUAUAAGAUGAGAAUCUAAAUUCAAUGUGUCAUUCAUAACCCAACAUUUGUAAAACUAAACAUCAGACACGAUUGUGUGUAUGUCUGCUCUCAUGCCAACAAGCUUUGUUAAAAAAAAAAAAGUGCUAUCAUUCAGAGAUGAUUAAACUGUUUGCUAAAGACUGCAGAUGUUUCUCUUUUUACCCAAUGAAGGGAGAGCAGCACAGUAGAGUUGCUUUGUUUAUGAUUGUGCAAAACCUUGCUUGCUUUGAAGGACCAGUGUGUAGGAUUUAGUGGCAUCUAGUGGUGAAAAUACAGAAUGGAACUGAAAAUUAAUUCUCUCACCCCUAACCUUUCUGUUGGAGACCCUGAUCUUCACCUGCAAAAUAUCCCAGAGAGAGACACAAAAAGACCACAAAACACAAAAUGAUGCAAAAAAGAAACCUGGAAGAGAAGAACAAGCAGGUGUUUUAUUACUGUAUAUACAAUUCUUGUCCUAU